GUGUGUGUGCGCUCUUCAGUGGUCUUUAUCAGUUAGUGCCAGCUGGCUGUAACACACACAAACAAUCGGGGCCUCUCAGAGCGACUGUAAGAAGCGCAGUCCUCUCCUGAAGACACGCAGCACUGAAGUGAUUGGUAACCAUGAAGGGGCUUCUGCUCCUGUGUCUGCUCAUCUUGUGUGAAGGUCAAAGGUCAUCAGCCUGCCCUCACCUUUGCUCCUGUCAUGGCAGUCAGGUGGAUUGCAGCAGCAGGUCUUUCACCUCGUCCUCGCUGCCCACCAGUUUCCCUGCAGGGACCACCUCCCUCCGUCUCCACAAUAACCGGCUGACCAGCCUCCCUAAUGGGCUCCUGGAUAAUUUGACCUCCCUCCGCUCAAUCUCCCUUCAUGGUAACCCCUGGGAGUGUGACUGUGGUGUCCUCUACCUGCGAGCCUGGCUGCAGCAUCAUCCGGCCACUCUUGCAUCACAUCUGGGCGUUAACUGCAGCUUCCCUCCCGGUCUGAGAGGGCGGCUGGUGGUGUAUUUGACCGAGAAGGAGAUCCUGGAGUCCUGCCAGUACUGGUACUGUGACUUGGCUCUGGCCUCUCAGGUGUGUCUGUUUGUAUUUGUGGUGGUGCAGGUGGUUCUGCUGGUGGCUCUCAUCGUGUUCCUGAGGAGGUUUGAGAGGCUGACCAAAGAGGCGAGAAGAACCACGGAGGAGAGCUUCACCGCCAGAGAGAGUCUGAGGGAUAACAAUUAUGCGCCUUUAAAGGACAGCAGCAUCUGAGAAGGAGCUGUGAUGUGUGAUGGUUAGAUACAAAAGAAGAAAAAGAGAUGUUUAUUUAUUUGCACACUGGAGAGAACAUGUCUUUCAUGCUUUUGUGUUUCAGAUUCCAAAGUUACAUUUUUAUUGACAAGCAAGCAUGGAUGG